GGUCCGUCAUUUUUUCUUCUGAUUGGGUGUUCGCUUCGUAUCUCCAUCGAUUGUGUGCCCCGCACGGUCUGCAUUUCAGCUCAGUUCAGCUGCCCUUUCUUUCUUUUCUUUCUCCCUCGACUUUAUUCAAUUCUCGUGGAAUAGGCGCAAUGUCGCCAGUUAACGCGUUUCUAGAGCUUGUAUAUCAGGCCAAUUAUGGCCUUCGGUUAUUCCGUCUCUUCUGGAUUGCCUUGAUAUACUAUGGCUUCCACCGCCAUCGCUCAACGCCAGUCCAACGAGAAGCUGCUUUUUCCACGACAGAUGCAUCCAUCGUCUGCCCCUCUGUUGAUCCAGAAAGAGACUUUGUCGAUGCCCUCCGCUCUUGGCUCGCCAACAACCCAAAGCAAAUCUUCGUGGUGACUACUCCUCGCUGGUUUGACAAGGUCAGCGAGUUUGUGAAUGAAGUCAAUGACCCCCGAGUUACUGUGCACCGGGUUGAGAUUACCGGAAAGCGUCCUGGUCUUGUCGAGGGCAUCAAGCAUACCACGACGCCUGCCGUGGUUCUCCUUGACGAUGAUGUGAUUUGGUCUCCGAAUACCCUGGAAGGUCUGCUUCUUAGUCUAUCCGAAGCCCGUGACGUGGGUGGAGUCACGCCAAUUAAGAACAACAAGAACCAAAAGACCAACGCCCUUGAAGCGGUUGGCGCGAGCCGACUCGACAGAAGAAGCGUCACCAACGCCGCCAUGGCUCAGUUCUGCAACGGACAAGUCUUCGUCUGCACCGGACGAACUUCAGCCUAUCGAACGGAGAUUCUCCAGGACCCAGAAUUCACAAAAUACUUCACCGGCGAUCUGUGGAUGGGCAAACACCCCCUCCGAUCCGGCGACGACGUUGCCAUCACCUCAUGGCUGCAGCGAAAGGGAUGGAGAACUGGUUUCGUAUCCAAAGAUGACUACGCCAUCAUCUCUCGUCCGAAGCAGGCAGGUGUCCAUCUGGGUCAGGUUCUUCGUUGGCAACGCAAUCGCAUCAGACAGGUACUCCGUGACAUUGGCAAUAUCUUCUCUGAUAACCCCGGCUGGUACCGUCUACGAUGCUUCUAUUCGCUGCUCUUUCCAUCCAUGGUGGAAGAUUACCUGCUCUGUCCGGAUUUUCUGACGGUGCUGGUGCUGCUCGUUGCUCGUGGAUUGGGAUUUGCGCAGGAUUCAACUGUUAUUCCGAGUGCAUCGACACUAGUGCUGCAUUAUUUUGGGUUCAGUGCGCUGUAUGAACUGGUCUACAAUUCCUGGCACUUUUAUCACUGCCCCCAGUCACUAUGGCAGCUCCCGACUCUGGCCGUUUGGGGACAUGUUCGUGUUGGCAUUGCUUUGUAUGCUCUGUUUACAACGAGUCAGUCCAACUGGCUCACUCGAAUCGGAGCCGAUUAAGAGGUGCCCUUACAGCUCAUCAUACUAUCUUUCAUGUAUACUCAAGUCCAUAGUGAUAGAUGCAUGAAGAAGUGACAUUUAUAUACCAGAUAGUCAAGACAAGUUUAUCAAUU